AUGGAACUCACACGCAUUCUUCUGACCCUCGCCAGCUUCCUGCUCGCAACCUCAUCGGCCGCCAGCCCUAGGAAGUGCCGCGAAAGCACCCUCCAGAGCCCGGCCCUAUACGAAAACUACCCCGACAACGGCGUCUCUAUCGGGCCAGACAACACCUUCUACUUCUCGGCCUCCAACUUCCAUCACAGCCCCAAUAUACCGAUCCUACGGUCUUUCAACCUUAUGAACUAA